AUGAAGCACCCGUCGGAUGAGCAGACGCUACCGUCGCCCUUCGACCAUUGGUCGCCCGACAUCGAGUCGAUUCCACGUCUCUCGGAAGGCGACCGCGCCGAGACCAUCUCAACAACGGACGCGCGGGCGGCACUCGCGACCCGCGCCGAGCUUCGCAUGCAUUUCCUCAAUGUGCCUUUUCCGAUUGUACUCUUCUUUGCGUUUGUGUCGGUCGUCCUCACGCACACUCCGAUUUACCAAGUCUUUUUUGUCAACCAUGGCAUCUCGAUCGCGAUCAGUCCGCUUCCAGCGGACACGGCCCACCGCCCCGGCACCCUCGAAUUUAUGAACAUUCGGACAGCAGCCGACUUUGAGAGCUGGUUUGAGUUUACCAUGUUGCCCGAGAUCUUUCCCGCCAAAGGCGCCAACAAUUCAGCCUUGGAGAACGCAACCAUCGGACGCAUCGGCUCGUACAACCAAGUCGUCGGCGCCGUCGAAGUCUCAGUGCUCAACGCCCCCAAGGCCAAGUGCCCGAGCGACGGUCAGCUCGCAUCGCACUAUGGUGGCUGCUACGAUUUCGAGUCGGAUUUCGACAUCACGGACGGCGACGUCCACACGCGCAAUACACGGCGGCAGCCAUGGUACACGCUGUACCUGCCCCUGCAAGAGCCGUUGCCGUACACAAAGUACCGAGCAUGGCAAGAGCAUGGCAGCAUCGGCGGCUACUACAUCAACCUCGGCACGCGUCAAAUCGAUAUCAAGAUCACCACCUACAACGGCGAGCUCGAUAUGUUUACGUAUCUUCGAUUCGCGCUCGAAUUUCAAGCCGGCGGCGCCAUCGAGCCCAAGUACAGCGUCAACUCGGUGCCGGCCAACCCGUACGCCGAGUCACCCAUCAACCUUCUCCCCGACGUCCUCGUUGCCUUGCUUGGGAUCCGGCUGGUCGUGCGCCGAAUCGUUCAGCUGGCGUCGCGCAUGAAAGCUCAGACGGCGUGGGUGACGGCUGUCGACGUCAUCGAGUGGCUCUCGGUGGCCUCGCUCGUCGUCUACUAUAUCGCGUGGAUGCGCCUCUUUCAGCGUUGCUUUGCGUCCGACUUUGAAGAUCAAGUCGCCGCGCUGCGCACGUUUUAUGACAGCGUGUACGCGCUGCCGGUUGCGGACCAAUCGGAGGCCAUGGCGUCGAGUUCACAGCCGUCUGUGUCGGAUUUUAUGGACGGAUUUGCGCCAGCCCUGAGCUUUUUGUACAUGAUGUCUAUCCUCACGUGCCUCCAGCUCGCUGUCAAUGUCAUGUCGGCGCUGCAUUUUCACCCGACGAUGAGCAUCCUCAGCACCACGAUCAUGGGCAGCGUCCGGCGGUUGGGCACUUUUUUGUUUCUCUUUCUUCUCGUCGUUGUGGCCCUCGCCACGUCCGGGGCCCUCCUCUUUGGUCCCAAGCUGGAGGCUUUUGCGAGUCUCGGCGCAGCCAUGGUCACGUGCAUCAACAUGAUCUUCAACGGCUACGAGUACGACCACAUCAAGGACAUCCAUCCGCUUGCCGUCGUGUGGUACUGGCUCAGUCAGUCGAUCAUUACGCUCGUACUUGUCAACAUUAUGCUCGCGGUCAUCAUCUCGGCCCACGAAGAUGUUGUUCACGUCGACCACGGAAAACGAUCGUUUCUGCAAGAGAUGCUAUGGGUGCUGCGCGACGUACUGCAUACCGACUGCGUCUGCAAGGGCCGUCAUGUCCUGCGGCUUCAAGAGCGCUUGGCGAUUGAUAACGGCACCCGCGUUUGGAGAGCGGCAGAGAUUGCGCAAGCAAUUGGCAUUUCGGACGCGCAAGGUGCCCGCUGGGUUCGCACACUCAAGCAGUUUGCUAGCGUGCACACCACCGCGAGUGCCGACACGUUCGAAGACGCUACGACUCCGCCAUUGGACGAAAUGGCGUACCGCCGGCGACUCGAAGACCGCAUCAAAUUCAUCGACGCCAAGCUCGAAGUCCUCGUCGAGUACAUUCAGCUCCACGAACACCAGCGUAUGCUUCAACAUGUGUAG